UGACGUAGGGUUCUGCGCGUCUGCAGUUGGUCCUAUCUCGUAGGAGGUUCCACUUCGACAGGCAUUUCAGUGCACUUUUCCUAGUUGGAGGUAGGAUAAGUCCUACAUCCCACUGGUUUGGAUGGGCUCUGGAACGCAGCAUUACAGUACUAGAACCCAACCAAUAGAGGGCGAACGAGGGUGUGUUUGUGUUCCUAGUUCCUAAACAUAAAACUAAGGAUGAUGGUUGUAUUCCUGAACGGCGAACGAAUAUGCUACCAGUUAAAGAUCAGCAGACAACAUAACCCCAAACAUCAAAGUAUAGCAAGAGACAGGUUCAUAUAGCAAGAUGCGGAUCCAAAAGACCGGAUGGACCAGGAUUCAAGACGUUGACUUUUAGAUUUAACGUUAACGUUAAAUGAAUUUCGCUUUACACGAAAGGAGUAUGUGAAGGUAGCAAAAUAAUCCUUUGCAGCCUGAUCGCCUUUUACGCAAAAAAGAUUGUGAGGAUAUUACCCGGCGUGCUAACGUUGCAUCUCAUGAGCGUGAAGGUGAAAAACGUCCGCCGCCAAAGCUACGCUGUCGCGCGGCGUUGGUUUGUACGCGGCGACGGGGAUGUGCGUCCUGCGGCCUCGCGUACACUGGAAGCAGCACGUUUCUAAAGGUUUUGGCCAGUGUCAUUGUAAUGUAAGCAGCUGCAAUAAUCAGUAAUCUCUGUAUUUCCCUGUUUAUUGUUGUGGUUUAUUUAAGUUCAUGCACUUUAUUUAACCCAUCAGUUUAAUGUGUCUGUAUGUAUGUAUCCUGCUCUAAGCCUAUCGUUUGGUUUUAAUUGUCAACGCAUUGCAAAUAGACAUUAUUUGCCUCCAAAAAACAACAUAAACCUUGUUAGCAACUGUAAGCCCAUCUAACUAACACACAUACACGUUGAGUAUCUACUUAAUACACUUUAGUGGCCAUGCAUGAGUUGAACAUUCAUUCUGUUGACAUUUGCAGUUGAAGCAAAUUUGUUGACACCAUUGCAGGCUAACAAACUUUAAGCUCUGAAGAUAAUACAGAAAUCUAUACUUAUAUAUUUAGAUGCAUCCGUCAGAAUGUUUAGAUGACACUACCACAUACAGUUAAUUGAGAAGACAUUUAUAGUGGCUGACUGGGCUUAUGUGGAUAUUACAAGUUUGUUUAUCAAAUGGUGAGGUGGAGGACCACUUUGCUUUCCCAAAUGAAACUUUGACCCCUGCAGUGAUGAAAGGAUAGAGCACAGUUAAAGGAGUGCAAAGAGAACUGACCUUUCACUACGGACAUGAUCUCCAACUGACACUACACUACACAGACAACCGGACAAACCUCUACAGGUUUGCAGCCAUGAGCUUUCGACAUCCAACCUCAACUCUGGACAGGUUAAGCAGUUUGACAUUGGGGGAGUCUGAACGCCGGUCUUCCUUUGGCCAGCAAAGAGAUAAGCAGUCAGCUUUUUCCUCCGAGAACACAGGGACGGGCUUAGUCCAAAGAUGUGUGGUGGUUCAACGGGACAAUUUGGGGUUUGGCUUCACUGUGUGUGGGGAGAGGAUCAAACUAGUGCAGAAUGUUCGACCAGGUGGGGCAGCCGUCAAGGCUGGAGUUCAGGAAGGGGACAGAAUUAUUAAGGUUAAUAGCUCGUUAGUUUCAUCCAUGUCUCAUCAGGAAGUGGUAAAAUUGAUCAAGUCUGGGACAUAUGUGGCCUUGACUCUGCAGGGCCCUCCUCCUUCAACUGUGUCUGCUCCACUCCAGUCCCUAUCUACCGAACUUUCGCCUAAUCACAAGACAACAUUGGAAGGUGAAGCCUUGGCAUCCCCACUUCCUUCAACACCACCUACAGGAAGAAGUACCCCCACCCAGAGAAUCACAGGACCUAAACCAUUACAGGACCCUGAGGUACAAAAACAUGCAACGGAAAUCCUCAGAAAGAUGUUAGAGCAAGAGGAGGCAGAACUGCAGAACCUGUUGGGGGAGCAGUCUCGAAAUCCCUCCCCUUCCCUAGUGGAGCGAAUAGAAAGUGCCAAACGAAGAGCUAAUCAAGUCAGAGUAAAGAUUCAGCAGGACGUGGUACUGUAUUUCUCUUAUUUUAUAUUAUUUUUUAUAUGGGUUGUUAUAAAUGAUUAUCUCUCUUAUCAGGAUGGAACACGUUCAGAAGUUAUUACCAACUAUCUCAUGGCUGGUGAAGGUCUGUUAUCAAUGGACUCCAGUGAAGGAGACUUUGAGGCAUGUGAGAGUCCCUUCUCCUCCACCUUUCUCCAGAAUCCUCUGCACCACAGACAGGGGUCUAACGCAAACACUACUGACUCGGGAGGAAGGGCCCAGAUCAUUGGACCAGAGGAAGAGGAGGAGGAUAAUGGGUACAUGAUAAAUGAGGUUGAUGGGCCAUUCCAGGACAUAGAGCUGCUAAAAAGUCAUCCAGCACACAUGACUGUGUUUAUGAGAUAUGUGUUCAGUCAACUUCUGGAUCCCAACCUACUGCUGUUUUACUUGUCUGUGGAGGCAUAUCUGGGUUCGAGUCCAAAAGACGCCCGCACCCUUGGCCCUCAGAUCUGCUCCUAUUUCCUGAACCAUGAUGCUCCUUUGAAGAUUAAAGUCAGAGAAGAGAUCCUUACAGAUAUAGAGAGUCGUCUCCAUGCACAGGAGGACAUUCGAGGACCUCUCUCUGAACUGCAACAGCAGGUGUUUCCCGAAAUUCAAGACCAGCUUCAAGACUACAGGAAUAAGCAGACAAUGGGCCUGGGAUCUCUAUUUGGAGAGAGCGACCUGCAGCAGUUGGAUGGAGACCCCAUGAAAGAGAGACAGGUGGUGGAUAAACAGGUUGUUGCACUUUGGGAAAUCAUAUCAAAACAUGAAGAAGAUAAAAGUUCUCCUUUAGCUUCUGCUGUUCACUUGUAUCUCAGACACUCUGGCAUUAAUCUGAGAGACUCUAAAGUGUUUCCUGGUUUGAUCUUGGAAAAGGAGAAGUGGCUUCCAUUUUUUCCAAAAAGUAAAAAGCAGCUGAGCAGCGCAAAAAAAGAAAAGGAUGGAGAAGAUAAGAAAAGAAAUCCUUUAUUGAAAUACAUUGCGAAGCCCAAGAGUACAUCUCAGUCGAUGUUCCAUGUUCCAUUGUCCCCCACUGAAGUUCAUCCAGGCGUUGUGCGAAAUAUUAUUCAACAGUUUGAGAAUCAUUCCUAUUCUGUUGAAGAUGGCGAAAUUGAGGGACAGAGGUUGUCCUCCAGCAGCUUUCAGGAUAACAGCAUGGAAAGUCCAACCAUGUCGGUGCGUUUGGCUCGUAGCGAGUCGUUAAAAGCUCAGGGGGAGGGCCGGCGACGAGGAAGUGGAACACGGGUAGAAUCUGUUCCUCGUUCCUUAAGUGAUAUAGAUAUGGAGGACUGCGAGGAAAGAGAGAGGCCAGGCCUGAGGCCGUUACAUCACAGCGUCUCGUCAUCAGCAUCCAGCUGUUCAGCACGAUCCUUGGAGAAUCCAACACCACCUUACACCCCUCGCUCUCGCCGCAGGAGCAUAGACUCUCCAGAGUCUCUGUUACCCCAUGCUCCUGCCCUAGAUGAGGACGUGAUCGACUCUCAGAACUGGCAAGAGACGGUGGAGCCACACAUACUGACCUCUCUCACUUCACGUGAAAUCGACAGACAAGCUGUCAUAUACGAGCUGUUUACCACUGAGGUGUCUCAUUUGCGGACCCUUAGGGUUUUAGAUCAGGUGUUCUUCCAGAAGAUGCAGAGCGUUCUCAGUCAGGAGGAGCUCUCCUGUAUCUUCCUGAACCUGCAUCAGGUCUAUGAACUACACGCAAACUUAUGUGAGUCUAUGAAGAAACACAGGGAAUCCGUGAUCGUUCAGGGAAUUGGGGACCUCAUGUUGGCAAGAUUUGAGGGUGAGGCAGGGAAUCAGUUUCAGGAGCAGGUGUCUCAUCUGUGCAGUAAGCAGAGUCAAGCGCUGGAAUUGAUCAAAAAUAAACAGCGCAAAGACCCUCGAUUCGCCCACCUAAUACAGGAGUGCGAGGGCAGUCCACACUGCCGUAGGUUACAGUUAAAAGAUCUUCUGGUGUCUGAAAUGCAGAGAUUGACUAAAUAUCCACUGCUACUGGAUAACAUUAUCAAAUACACAGAGGAGGAUUCACCUGACCUGCAGAUGCUGCAUAGAGCCCUGGCCUGUUGCCGCGGGAUACUACAGGCUGUCAAUGAGGUCGUCAGAGAGACAGAGCACAGGCACCGUCUCAGCCAAUACCAGAACAGGCUGGAUCUCACGCAUCUGGAAAGACAGGCAAAUCCUGUUGCAUCACAAUUUAAGAAUCUGGACCUCACCACUAAGAGAAUGAUCCAUGAAGGUCAUCUGACAUGGAAAGUCAGCAAGGACAAAGCAUUCGAGAUCCAGGCAUUGUUACUCUCAGAUCUCUUGGUGCUACUUCAAAGAGGUCCAGACGACCGUCUCAUACUGCGCUGUCCAUCACGAUCGCUGGCUGGGGGUGGUUCUACAGACCUCAAAACCUCAUUCUGCCCUGUCGUACGUCUCGACUCCUCGCUUGUUCGAUCGGUCGCAACAGACAAUAAAGCUCUCUAUGUAAUAAGCACAUCGGAGAGACAGAUCUAUGAGCUGGUGGCCGGGACAUCUUCAGAGAAAAACAUUUGGAAAGACUUGCUUGAAAAGACAAUCGCUUUAGCCACUCAAGGGGCAAACACAACCAAACAGAGUUCUCCAGCACAAUCCUCAGGUGUGUGUACAUCUUCCAGUCGAUUAGAUGUUUCACUGUCGGAGGAGUCUGUGUCUCUAGAACAACACUCGGCUGGUGAUAAUGAAUGUGCUCUCAAAUCCAUCAAACCAAUUGAAGUGUCUGAGGCCUCCCAUGAUGAGAAUGGGGAGAGUUACCUGCACACAAAAGCCGGUGUUGCUGAAGCUGCUCUUCAGGAUGUGGAAAUCCUCCGACAGCUCAUCUUCAGGGAUCUUGAGGAUGGGUGGAGUCAGGAUUCGGAUGACACGCCUACAAAUGAAGGUUCUUUUGCAGACAGGCCAAGACCAGAUAUUUCUGACCCUAACCUUAGGGAGAACCCAAACAAAUGGGUAGAAGAGCAUGUAGAUGCUUUAUCGUUAGAGGUGGUACAAUCUGCUAUUCAGAUUGUAAGGAAAGUUGUGGGUGUGGGCUGUUCUAUUCCUGAUGACAUUACCGAUGAUGUCACCUCCAACCAAUCGUCUAAGGAAAAAGGGAACAUGUUUUAUCUGGUAAUGCCCAAAGACCAAGCUGGUGCUCUCACAGAUGAAAGCAGCACAGAUGAAAUCAAAGACUCUGACAUAUCGGAGAACCAUCAGAAUCAAAACAUGUUCUCAACGUCAUUUUUGGAAGAAGAACAAGAGACUUCAAUAGACCUCUCUCCAAUAGACCCAUCACUGCCUGAGAGCCUAGGUCAAAGAGAAGGGCUUGACCAGCCACAAGUUAGUAACCAGCAGCAUGUAAUCAAGAAUGUGGACGAGAUCUUCCACACGAUUGAGGAGCUAAUGAGAAAAUUAAACCAUCUUAAGGAAAUUGAAGCAGACCAUUACAAUCUUCUGAAGAAAUUAAGAAAAUCACUCUCUGUGGAUGAAGCAUCAAGUGACUUUGUCUACAAGUCUCCUGCAGCGGUCAAACCACUAGACCAUGGAGCUGGCAAUGGUAAAGUGGGCACCUCAACAGAACCAGCUCAGACAGAAAUCCAGUCUACUGGCUUCUGACGGUUUACACUGGAGCUGUUUGAGGAUCUUACAGUAACUGCACAGAUAUUGUGAUGCAGUCCCCUUCCCAACAUGCCUUGCACCUGGAUGUACAAUCCAGGUUGAAUUAUGUGUGGUUUGUGUCAAACAGAAAUUCAGAUACAGAUACAGAUUAAAUUGACCCUUUGGGCUGCAUUCAGACAGACAGGGUCAAGUAUGAAGAAUAGUAAUGAUUUUAGUAAUGCAUUAAGGAGAAAGUUUUAGUGAAGUAGCUGCAAUUUGGUGGUAAAUGGAUCAAAGUAAAACGAAGGUGGGACCGUGAAAUGUAAUAUGUAUCAUGGCUAAUGACUUUAAAGGAAACCCCAGCACUUUACCUGAUGUACAUCUAUUUCUCUCCUCCAUUUAGCUAAUAAAAAAUUUUGUGCUCACCAGUUUUGGAUUAUCACUACUUAUGUUAUUAUCUGAAAAGAGUGCUUUGACAAAUUAUUUUUUUUUGCACUGGGAACUAUUUAAAACAAAAGGUGCGAAGAGGAUUCCUGUGUAUUUUAUAGUGUAGCAAAGAAAAAGAAGGAAAAAAGAAAUGAUGAAGGCUUUUUGUGCUAUGGAAGAAAUUAAGUAAAAUUUGUCUAAACACUCAUUUUUUCUGAAGGUUCAUGUGUUAUCAUACGGUUCACGACUUGAACAAGACUUGAUAUCACGUGGAAAGGAGAUAUUUAUGGAAUCUGAAAUAUGACAUGCAAGCUGACAUAUCGUAUCCCGUGUAUGUACUGUGAAUUGUUUUCCCACUAUUUGUUUACACUGAACAAUAGUGCUGUAGUAGCUAAGCGAGUGCUUGGAACAAAUGAAGGGUUCGGGAACUCUGAUUUUAAAAAUACAAGUAUUUGAACAUGUUAACCUAACCUGCUUAAGAAUGAAAACUUCACCUCCUUUUAAUUUUGUUUUUGUUUUUAAUAGUUCGCCUAGAGAACACUUCUAACAUAGAUUGAAUACUAAAAUGGUUGCUUGUAUGAAUAACUGUUCUGUAACUCAGGUGGAGAAAUUGACAUUUUAAUAAUAUCUUGGAAGCUGUCUUCUUUAUGCGCUUUUAUUUCUUAUAUUAUACUUGUUCCAUGUUUAUUUGUACUUGUCAACAGUUCAGCGAUUUCUAAAAAUAUAAUGCACAACAACAAAACCAUACUUGUGCAAACUACUGUAUGUAAAUGUUGUUUUUGACAUUCACUCAUGUAAUAUAGCAUUCACAGUUUUAUUUUCUGUAAAGCUCUCGUUGUUUCCUGAAUUUUAUUUUUGUAGAUAUGACAAACUAAAGAUGUGUAAAUUAUUACCUCUCCCUCUUUUAAAAAUGGCGAGAUUUUUAAAUGCACAAAAGGAAAAUGAAAAUGCAUGUUUAAAAUAUCUUGUUUUGUGAAAAAAUAAUAAAAAUAUUAUAUAUUG